AUGUUUCCUUUACCGGAUACCAAGAAGCAGGUUUCAUUGUCAACAUGGGGAUAUCGCUGGCGCUCGUCCGAUACAUUUAUUCUCAGCAGCAUGUCCAUGGCGUUAUUUACGGAUGAAAUGCUCUUCGCCUUCAUGGUCCCACUGCUCCCUCAUAUCUUCGAGAACCGCCUAGGGCUAGACACAUCCCUCACCCAGCGAUUGACCUCCAUAUUUCUAGUUGAAGGGGCAUUGAUAUCUAUCAUCUCAAGCCCAUUUGUUGGGGAUAUAUCCGACCGAGCCAGCUCCAAGAAGGUCCUACUACUGGCCUUGCUGGUACUAACGCUAAUCAGCGUAUUAUGUCUAUCAAUCACAACAUCCCUAACCUGGCUCUUCAUCGGUCGAUUCUUCCAAUGCAUCGUCAGCAACGCAUUAUUUAUCGUCGGCAUGGCCACAAUGGCCGGGAACAUCGGAUCAGAACACAUGGGCAAGAUAGCAGGUUUGAGCUCGACCCUAACAGCAGCUGGGACAUGCUCUGGACCUGUCAUUGCUGGGUUUCUCUUCGGAAUUGGAGGAUACUGGACAGCAUGGGGUGGCGCGACUCUGUUUCUCGUGGUGGAUAUCAUUAUGCGUCUGCUCAUGAUUGAAAAGCCGCAGAAGCGCCGUAACACUUGUCGCAGUCGAAAUGGAUCUCUAUGCGCUGAGGAGGAUAGACCGUCGUUGGAAGCAGAACCACUUCUCAACGGAGAUCGGUCAUCGAGUACAGAGGAAAUCGGCGGUUGGCGCUUCUAUGUCUGUCUUUUCCGUCAGCCUCGCUUUACGGCGGGGAUUGUCUGCUAUUUUGUCUUUGCGCUGUUUAUCGCCAGUUUCGAGUCUACGAUCGCCAUGCAUGUCCGGUCUGCUUUUGGUUGGGGCGUUUUCCCUGUUGGGCUUUUGUUCGCGUCUAUCCAGGGUCCUGGGAUGAUCUUGGCUCCUCUUGUUGGGUUGUUGAAAGACCGUGUCGGGUCGAGGGUUCCUACUACCAUUGGAUUUAUCCUUGUUGCGCCUUUCCUAUGGGUUCUUGGAGUCGCUGGUGAUGAGCGCUUUCCGUGGGCUACUUUGGGAUCUAGAGGGAAGAUCAUUUUUGGAGUCGGUACGACUAUGAUCGGGUGUUUUACGUGCUUGCUUAUGGGGGUUGGCACGAUGGAAGCAACUGCAACUGUUGAUGAGUUGGAGGACCUGCAUCCUGGCAUAUUCGGUCACUAUGGAGGGUAUUCUCGUGCUGUUGCAGUCACAAAUAUGAGUUGGAUGUCUGGUCUACUGGUCGGACCUAUCUUGGCUGGAUUUAUAGUCGAAAGAUUUGGGUACUUUGAGCUGCAGUGUGUACUCAUGGUCAUUUCUUUGCUGGCUAGCAUUAACGCUGCCUUUAACCUCAGUUCAACCAGUGGGAAAAGGGAAAAGUGUGAUAGUGACUUUGGGACGGAUGAGCUCUAG